GUCGGCACCCUUUUCUCUUUUGGCCCGCCGCCGUGCCCGCCCCUAGCCCUGCUCCCCCCAUUCUGGUCUGCCCCAAACCCGCGUCGCCUCCGCUGCACGCAUUAGAUCCUUAUUAUUAUUCUUCUUGCUGCUUGUCACUUGUGCUUGCUGCUCCCCUUUCACACCGGUUGACCUUGCCACAACCACCACGGCCGGCCGACCGACAACGUGCCCCAUCGUCCCUCGACCCGACAUCCACGCACGCAGCAUGAUGAACGUUAUCCUAAUGAUUUAGUUGCUCCAGUCAUCCCACCCUUCCUCUUGGCCUUCCUUCCCUUGCUGUCCUUCUUGUUGUCCCAGCUCGGCUCCGUUGGGAUCGGGCUCGCAACAGGUCCUCGCCGGCCCUGCGCCCUUGCGUUUGCGUCUUCCUGCCCGCCUCGCCUUGUCUAGUCCGAGGCGGCGUCCCCAAAACCUCUGGGAGCCUCCCCCCAAAAUUUAAAGUGGGUGGUUGAGCCCGAAUAAUCAGAGACACACACGCCAGCCGCCAGCCGCCAGCCGCCAACCGCCAACCGCCAACCGCCAACUUUCAACGGCUCCUUCUGUGCACACCAAUGUUCCCCCAGGCCCAGCCUCCGCCAGCCUCGAACACAACCUGCAUUCCGCCGUCACCUUCUCGCCGCCGCACUGACUGCUCCCGCCAUCGCACUCGCUCCCGCCGCCGCUCCCGCUCCUGCUCUGCCCCUGCUCCUACGCCCAACACUGCCCUGCAUCCAGUCGCGCUGAGCCUCCCACCUUUGCCCUCGGCCGCCUCAGCGAUCACCACGACGAGCCUACGGGCUGCACCCUGCCAUCGACCCGGCCCUGGCCAUUCCGGCUCAAGUCGCAUCGUCCAUUCUGCGCCCGCGCUGUAGACACCAGCCAUGGCUUUCCUCUUCAAAUCAAAGAAACACCAGGAGAGGGCACUGGCAGGAGGUCGCGAUGGCCCAAACAGUUCCCAAGGGUCGGUGCAGAGCCCCGAUGCUCGGUCCCGCGUUGUCAGGGAGGACAAGGGCCCAACCCACAGGUCGACACCCACCGGCAGCCUGAAUUCGAUCGACAACGAUGCCAGCAAUGCGAGCCCGGACCAGGGCUUCAACCCUGGCCCGCCACGCAGGGCACAAACUGGUGAUCCGCCUGCCCAGGCGCCGCCUGACACCCAGCAACAGUUUCGCAACGGCCCCUCCCCACCAAACCCGAAUUCCUCGUUAUACCCAUGGUCGCAGCGGAAGCUCAACUUCACCUCGUCUCACCCCGGACCCUUUCCCCGCUAUGGCGCAGCUGCCAACGCUAUGUCGUCAAAAGAGGGCGACAUGUAUGUGAUGGGGGGCUUGAUCAACAGUUCCACCGUCAAAGGCGAUUUGUGGAUGAUCGAGGCCGGCGGCAGUCUGUCGUGCUACCCGCUCGCCACGACGGCCGAAGGCCCCGGGCCAAGGGUUGGACAUGCCAGUCUGCUUGUUGGCAACGCCUUCAUUGUCUACGGAGGCGAUACUAAGAUCGAGGAGAAUGACUCUCUGGACGAGACAUUGUAUCUCUUGAACACUUCCACACGACAGUGGUCGCGAUCUUUACCCGCCGGUCCGCGGCCGUCUGGCCGUUACGGCCAUACCCUAAAUAUACUAGGCUCAAAGAUAUACAUAUUCGGAGGUCAAGUCGAGGGCAUUUUCAUGAAUGACCUGGCGGCUUUUGACUUGAAUCAGCUGCAAAUGGCUAACAACCGAUGGGAACUGCUUAUUUUGAACAGCGACAGCGGCGGUCCUCCCCCCGGCAAGAUUCCGCCUGCGAGGACGAAUCACACCAUGGUGACAUUCAACGAUAAGAUGUACCUCUUCGGUGGUACGAAUGGCUUCCAAUGGUUUAAUGAUGUCUGGGUCUACGACCCCGCGCCCAACUCGUGGUCACAAUUGGACUGCAUAGGGUACAUCCCUGUACCCCGGGAGGGACACGCGGCUGCCUUGGUCGACGACGUGAUGUACAUCUUCGGCGGUCGGACUGAAGAGGGAGCUGACCUGGGUGACUUGGCCGCCUUCCGAAUCAGCUCUCGCCGGUGGUACACCUUCCAGAACAUGGGUCCGUCCCCGUCGCCCCGAUCUGGCCAUUCCAUGACUACUGUUGGGAAGACCGUGGCUGUUGUUGGUGGCGAGCCGAGCCAAGCCGCACCUCCAGUUAAUGACCUUUCUCUCAUUUACUUGCUGGAUACGACCAAGAUUCGCUACCCUAGCGACUCACAAAUCCAGUCGCAGUCACAGAGGGCCCCCGGGCAACGACGGCCAAGCAUGGCCGAGUCUCCUUCGUCUUACGGCCGCUUGCCCUCUCGUGACGGGUCCCAAGGGCCACCAGGGCAGGGCAGACUGAUGGGCGCAUCCAAGGAAAACGCCGGUCUCAGCAGUCCCAGGGGCAUGGGCACUCCGGAGGGGGUCCCCAUCAACGGCCAGGCGGGGCAGGGCUCCCGAGGCCCAAGGGGGCCACCGCCGGUCACCUUACCACCGAGCGGACCCCCGCCGCAGGGCCAGCCACCAAGGCCAACCGUCAACACUGGGGCGGGUCCGAGACAGGGCAGGAAUGCAUCUUUGGAGAGGAACGAGCUGACAGGAGCCGCACCAGGCUCGAACGGGCAGAAUCAGUCCCCGGUCUCGCAACAGAAGGACUUGGAGAGUCCAAUCGUCAAUGGACGCCGGACGCCGACGGCUCAGACGACCAAAGCGGGUUCGGGAAGUGACACUGCGCCUGCAGAAACACCGAAGGCUACGCGUGGUGCACGCCAGCGCGGCCAAGGCUCUGUCGAUAGCACAACGGAGCCCAGCCUGAAAAACAUGGUGGCUUCGCCCGCCUCAAGGCCUACUGCACCUGCUACAGCCUCCGCCGCAAAGCCUGAAGCGGGACCCACUCCUAUGCGGCCAGCGUCACCCCCGCCGCCGACGCGGCAGGCCAGCAACCCUAUGUCACGGAGGUCGUCCAUGCGGAACUCCCAAACCGUGGCUAUCCUGAAAGAGCUUGAUGCAGCACGCAACCGGAAUGCGUGGUACGCAUCGGAGCUCGAGCUCGCACGGAAGGCUGGAUACACCCCGAACGCUUCCCUGAGCCCAACAUUGGAUAGCCGAGCGCCCGAGACGUUUGACGAGGAUGACAGACCCCUUAUCGAGGCGCUCUUGACUAUGCGAACGGAGGUGGCCAAUGUCCAAGCGUCCUUGGACAAACAAGCUGUGCUCGCCGCCAAGCACAUCGCAGAAGCAGAGAAGCAAAGAGACGCAGCCAUUCAGGAGGCAGUUCAUGCCAAAGCCAAGCUAGCAGGACAUCUGGGCAGUGCAGCCAACUCCCCACACCUCGACAACGAUCGUGACGAAGACGAACGCUCCAACGAACUGGGCCGGAAGCUUGCCACUGCGCUCAACGCGCAAAGGGAGUUGCAAAACGCGCUGGAUCGAAUGUCUUCAGAGGUCGAGUCAGAGAGGCGUGCGCGCAAGAUCGCCGACGAUACCGUCACUGCCGCAGAAAAGCGCAUGGCCGCUCUCGAAGCUUACAAACAGCAAAGCUCAUCCGAGCUUGAGCAACUCAAGGCCGAACUGCACCUAGUGCAGCGAGAGGCACGGGAGCAAUCUGUCCUCGCGCACGAGUCACAAGCAGCCCUACAACUUCUGCAAGCCGAAAAGGCGAAGUUUGAGAGCCAAUAUCAGGAAGCAGUUGGAAGCUCCAGGGACCACAGCGAGACAAUGGAAUCUCUGCGGGAUGCUAUCGCUGCCUCGGCGGAGACCAAGGCCGUACUGGAAGCGAAACUCGACGAAGAGAGGGCGCUGCGGGAAAAGGUCGAGAACAAGCUGACAAAAUUAAAGGCUGAGCAUGAGGCCCGGACUGGUGAGCUCGUUGCGGCCACGCAGCGCCUGAGGGACGCGGAGGAGAUUGCCGAGCGGCAUGCGAAUGAGGCACGAACACAUCGCCAGGCCCUCCUGUCUGGCCUCGACAAGAUCUCUGCGAGGGACGUCUCGGCUUCAAACAAAUCAGAGCAGGACCGCUCGGCGGCGCUGCAGGGCCAGCUGGACGCCGCUAAUGCCCUGGUCAAGAGGUACCAGCAGGAGGCAGACACUGCGUCGGAUAGAUUGCGAGCUGCAGAAGAGCGGAUUGCUGGGCUGGAAGCAUACCAAGAGCAGGCCAGCAGGGAAGGUGUGACUAUCCGGAGACAGCUGCAAGCUGCCCUUCGUGAGACACAGUCUCUGCAGGCUGCAAACUCAGACCUUAAGCACCAGCUUGCUGGCCAACAGCUCGAGGCUAAUGCCAUCACUGUUCAGCACAACACGCUCAAGGACAUACUUGUGGAGAGGGGAAUCAGCCCGACGAGCGCUGGCCGCACGCGAUCGAUGGCGAGCCCCCGCGAGGGCUCCCCGGAACUCUCCCGGCUGCGCGAGCUGGAAAAGCAACUGGCUGCAUCUAUGGCAGCCCACGAGGAGACGAAGCAGACGAUGUCGUCGCAGGCCCAAGGGUCAGAGGUCGCUUAUCGAGAGAAACUGACGCAGCUUGAGAACGACUACCAAUCUGCCGUGCACUAUGUGAAGGGAACCGAAAAGAUGCUCAAACAGCUCAAGGAGCAGCUGGCGAGAUACAAGACGGAGAACUCUCGGCUAAAGGAAGAAUUGGCCGAUUUGGAAGAGAAGGGCACUCCUUCAGGCGAUGCGCCAGCAGACUGGGAGUCGGAGCGUAGGCAAUUGCAGAGGCAGGUCGAAGCGCUUCAGGAAGAGAUACGAACCUCACAGGAGCAGCUCGAAGAGCAGCUGCAACACGUGCAGCAGCAGUUGGCCGAGACCCGGCAGGCGCAAGAAGAGGCGUCCAAGAACAGUGAGGAGGCCAACGCCCGCCUAAUGGCCAACCGCAAGGAUCUGGAGCAGUUGCAACAGGAGAACGCACUACUCGAGCAACGAGCUCACGACGCAGAGACCAAGGUCUCUAUGCUGUUGGAUCAAGUCGAGACCUCUGUGGGCAACUACCGCCGGCAGAGCCGCCAAGUACCCAGCAUCGCUUCUGCUGAACAGAUCGCGCCAGCCCUACAAAAGGCCCCUUCUGCCACCAGCUCGACCACAAACGGGGCAGGGCACACCCGAGCAGGGAGUUCCGACUCAACGUCGGUAUACGAGACCAUGGGCGAGACCAUGGGCGACGCCCGCAACAGUGCCGCGCUGGACAACCUAGCCAACGAGCUGGAGACAUUGCGAAGUCACUGGGAGGCGACGAACAAGAAUUAUCGCCUGAGCAACACGUUCGACUUUGAGAUGCCCACGUCUGGGCCUACCGUCUCUUCGACAGGGCCAAGUGCGGUGGCUGGCGACAAAGAGAAGGAAGCGCCCGAAGUUGGUAAUGGUCUGGGCAUGAAUCAGAGCCUGGCUGACUGGAGGAAGAGGCUGGAUUCGUAGGCGGGUGGGAACGGCUCAAUCGCACCCAGUUCCUCAUCGCCAUACCCUAGUUGCACCUCAGCUAUCACUGCUGGGAUGGGCGUCCUUUACGGCUAUCAUGAAUCGGCGUUUGGGUCGGAUUUGCUCGAUGGAUUCUCACUUCUUUUCUCGGGAAAGGGCACUCUAAUAUUCUUGUCCUACCUCAGGGCAGCCGCUUUUUCUUCUAAACACGUUUCAAUCUUCUUCUUUCACCCACCAGCUAGCACUUAACCUGGUUGGCUUGGCUUAUUUUCUUUACCCCGAGUUUACGUCGCAUACCCAUACAACCACACUGCUACAUCUUCGAUUCUGUGUCUUUAUAGUAGUAUAAUUUUUUAGUUGUGAGGGAGGAAGAAAGGAAGGAAGGAAGAAAGAGAUGUAUGUAUGUAUGAAUAUAUGCUCUGGAGGAGGCGGACUGAUUGGGUGUACAAGACCGAAUCGAAACACUAUCUAUCUUAAUUGGACCAUUUGUCUCCAGUGGUGGAUUAAAUUGAUGACAUCUGAGACGGUCCUCGCGACCUAUGGCAAAAGAAGGCUCAAAUUGUCUGCGAAGAAUUGUUGAUUCAAAACUAGAGUUGCCUAAGGAAUAGUAUGGGGGAGGUAGCGAAGCUGUAAUCCUGCGUUGCGAGAGGUAUGGAGGCCACCUGGGCUAAUAAGAUAAGCAGAGUGCACGGACCCACUAGUUGGUCCUGCGGGCGUUCAGCCCAUGGCCCUGACAAC